UAGCCAACGCCCCUCUCUUACUUGCUAGCGUCAAGACGUGUAGGCUACGUCGUUGAUUCGAACUACGAGAUAAAGAGAGAGAGGAGGAUUUUUCUGUAAUUUGCACAGGAUAUACCGCUGAAAUUAACACCUGGGUAGUUGCAACAAAGUUGCAAGAAAGUUGCAACAAGUUCAGUUUGAAUUUGUUUCGUUUAAUUCGGAAAGUUCUUCAGCGUUCAGGCAACAAACGCAAUAGAACACCAAGCCGCGGUAAACCUGGAAAACUGUAGCAACCCAGAUUCAUGGUAUUGUAGCCGUGCAGUUUAUUCCAAACGGUUGACGGUCGGACACUGAAACCUUACAGAAGGCAUGGCAGACGCCCCGGAAACUACGGCCGUUAGCUGCAUUGAGAAGCUGAAGAGUUAUGUGAGGACCCGCAAGGGGACCAUUCUGACUGCUGAAAUAGUUCUCAGUUUCAUUAUCAUUAUCUGCUAUGCAGCCUCCUUUUACGGUGGCUAUUCUGCGGUGGCCAUCUGUGAGAUGGUAUUUGCCAUUAUCAUCAUGGUCGUCUUUGUGAUGGAGCUUGAUAAGCAGUUGCUGGUUAUCAGUUGGCCAUGGACUGACUUUAUCAGAGCUGCAAUUGGUUCUGUCCUUUACCUCAUCACUUCUCUGAUCUGUGUAAUUGGCGGAUCUGGCGAUGGUGCUCGGAUUGCCGGAGGGGUGUUGGGUUUACUGGCAGGAAUCUUGUUUGGUUAUGAUGCUUACCUCACUUUCAUGACCAUAAAGGGCAACCGACAGCAUACUCCUGCCCCUACUGAUUAUGCAUAAGUGCAGUCUUUAAACUACUUCUGAACAGCAAACAAAAUAUAACAAAGCACAGAUACCGAAAAGAUCAGGAAAUUAGCAGUAGCAGUUGCAAAUAUGAAGAGGAUUGUAAAGAAGGGAAGAAGAGACAACAGACCAGCACGAAACCUGAAGAGCAGAGAGCGCGAAGCAAGGGUCAAACACUGAAGAUGAAAUGGAAGGUGAUAUAUGAUGCCUACCAAGAAAAUGUGCCUUGUUCUUGUUUGAUUUCCAGAGGAUUUUCACUUCAUCCCUCUCACAAUUUUUCUGCCUCCAUCAGUUUUCCAGCUAAUUACACUCAGGUCAAUAGUGUGUCCUCACUGUACUAAAGGCUUAGGAUAUGUAGUGAUUAUUAAGUCAGCGCUGUUUGUUUUUCUUGUCGACGUGUCAUACAUUACUCUUCCACUUCUUAAAUUUUUAAAUUUAACUUAAACGUAGAUGAAAUAUAUUUUUUACCCAUGUACAAAAAAGAAACAUUUAUGUUUUAAUGUAAUAACUACAGAUUUUUAAAGUCAAAAUCAAACUGAUGAGUUAUAAUAAAAGUGUUCACUCGUUCUUUGACUAGUUUACCCCUCACUUCUCUUUUGCUCCCAGUCCUUGUGACUAACCCAUUGCAGCUCUACAUUCCCCUACACCAGUGUUUCCCAAACUAUUUUAUCAUAAGCCCCCUCAAGCGAAGGUCACCCCCCCCCCCCCCCCCGGUUAGUAUUAUUAUUAUUAUGAAUAAAGGCCUAAUAAUGAAUUUAAAUCACUAUAUGUGGAACAUACAACGCAUGAGACAGGGCUUACCUUUCCCGUGUUUUUUAGUGACUUGGGUGGGCCUGCUUCCUCUGGCAUAGCUUCUCAAUAUGAGGCUGCAGUUUUGAGAUGGCCACUCUUAGUUCAAUAUUCAACUGCGCCCUGUACUUUGAUUUUAUUGAAGCAACGGCAGAGAACCCAAUCUCGCACAGGUAUGUAGUGGCAAAUGGAAGCAAUAUGUGCAUAGCUUUCUGCUUUAGAAGAGGAUAGUCUCGCUUGCCCAAAACUCGGUUAAUGUCAUGGCAGGGAACUGCAGCUGUAGGUCCGAAUCUGACGUCAUGUCAAUGUACUGAACCCAAAAGCCAGGUAUGAAUCGUCAUAUUUUCUUAUUUUUGGUUUCGUCGCCUCCUCAUUUCCACUUGUUUAUGGUGUUGCGUUGUUUCCUUCUGUUCUUCUUUUUGGCCCUAUUAAAAACUUGUCCAUUUAGUUUUUUCGUUUUUCUUCCGCUCUGCUUUGCAAAUGGAACUGCACCACGGCACAUUUAAUUUUGCCACCUGAAGCAGUUUCGAUAUUAAUUUUACGCAUGCGCUAAAAAUAGGUCUAAUCAUUCGAUGGUGGUCAGAAUUGACCAUUGCUGUCAUUUUCCCACCGUUCUCCUUCUCAUUGACAAUGAAAAUAUACCCGUUCAUCAAAUUAGAUGAGAAAAUAAUUUUAUGACAUUAUGUAUAUAAUGUCAUAAAAUUACACAGUUUGGGAAAUGCUGUCCUACACCACACAUCCUGUUGGAGAGGGGAAGGGGGCUUCACUCCUUCGCUCACUGGUUUAUCUGCCUGUGCCUCUUUCGCAAUGUGUGUCAGUCUUGUUUUUUUCUUGUGGAUUUGUUAUACUUUUGGGGAAUCGCUGCAUCUUGUAAAGGCCUUCUUUAAAAAAAAUUGUUGAUGACCAAUAAACGUAUGUGAUGUGAAUAGAGGGGAAAUUAACACAAUCUCCUUCCUGUAAUGUGGUCACUCGUAACUGAAGAGCAAAAGAGCACUUCUCUCUUGACAUAAUCUGCCUUCUCAGGGCGCAGUGAUCACUGAAGGGAGUGGAAGUCAUGGGUUCAAUUUGCAUCUUCAACUAAAAUUAACUCAAGCCAUGUUUAUCAUUUACACACAUUUUACCAGAAAUGCAUUUUUUUUCCUAGACAUUUUUGUAUACAAGGGAAAAAUGGAAAAAUAGAGUGGAUGUAUGCAAGAAGUUUCUGUCUUGAACUUACAGUUUAUUAUUGCUAGAGCUUUUAGAAUUGCUUUGGGUGCAAUGAAAUAUAUGCCGUUUCAGUACUGUAUGGUGGAAAUUUGAUAUUUACACCAUUGUAUGGAUAAUAAAAGACAGUUCUAAUUAA